AUGGAUCCGCUUAGUGUGACAGCCAGCAUCAUCGCUAUCCUCCAGCUCUCAACCAAAGUUCUCGUGUACUUGAACGACGUCAAAGAUGCUUCAAAAGACCGCACACAGUGCGCUGUCGAGAUCUCAAAUCUGUACAACCUACUUUUCAACCUUAGGGCUCGGCUUGAGACGGGGGAUCCUGACAAGUCAUGGUUUACUGCCCUUCGAGCCCUUACAGUUGAACAUGGGCCGCUCGAUCAGUUCAAGGAAGCGCUUGAAACGUUGCAGAACAAGAUGACAGACAGUGGCCGAUUAGGAAGGGCAGGUGAAGCGCUGAUGUGGAAGUUUAAGAAAGAAGAAAUUGCAAGUAUCUUGAAUCGGAUGGAGCGUCUGAAGUCGCUUGUGGGGACCGCGUUACAAAUGGACCACUUUGAACUCUCGAAAGCCAUCAAAAGUGACACCGACUUCGUUCGGGCCCAGGCGCUUGGUAUAAAGUCUGGAGUGGAGAAAAUACAGCAAGAUCAGGAUUUCACGAAGUACCAUCAGCUGUUGGAAUGGGUAUCCCCCUCGGAUUACCCAGCUCAACAAUCCGACAUCAUAAAGCGCAGACAAGAAGGAACAGGCCAGUGGUUUUUGGACGCGCCUGAGACGGCAAGAUGGCUCAAGGAAGCCAAGGGAACCCUCUUCUGCCCAGGUAUUCCAGGAGCAGGCAAGACCAUGAUAGCUGCCAUCGCGAUUGAUCACCUGUCAAAAUCCGCGCAGAACAGCUCGCAUGGACUUGCUUAUGUGUACUGCAAUUACAAAUCUCAAGAGGAGCAGGAUGCUGUUAGUAUGCUGGCGGCCAUUCUAAAGCAGCUGGUGCAGGCACAUCCGUCGACUUUGGAUCCUGUGGAACGGUUACACAAGCAGCAUGCUAACAAGGGGACUAGGCCGUCGCUUGACGAAAUCUGCAGCGCUCUUCAAGAUGUGAUUGAGCGUUACUCUACAGCCUAUAUUGUGAUGGACGCCCUGGACGAAUGUCGAGACAGUGAUGGCACGCGUCGUACGUUUCUCACCCGACUCCGAGCCCUACAAGCAAGACGAGACAUUCGCCUCAUGGCCACCUCGCGGUUCAUACCGGAGAUUGAAGAUGGAUUUAAAGAGGCGAUCAAGUUGGAGAUCGAGGCUAGUCAAGAAGACGUGAAGCGUUUCGUGGUAGGACAGAUAUAUCGACUCCCUAAAUGCAUCCAACGCAGCGAUGAGCUGCAAGGCAUGGUGCAAACCAAGAUCGUGAAGGCGGUAGACGGCAUGUAUGUCUCUUGUUUAAUUGUAUAA